CAUUGAUCAGUUUUUUAAACACUUUAAAACUCUAAACAAGUUCCUUCUCUUGCGCUCUGUUUUCUACUUUUGUCACCACUUAUCACACUACUCAGGAUGCGUUCGGGGAAACGCUAUCACAUUGCCAUGUGAUAAACACAUGAGAGAGAGAGAAAGUGAAUAAAAAAUAGCGCGCUAUCAAUACGAUAGUUUCAUUCUGCAGGUUGCACAUGUGCUAUUAAAACAAUAAGGGAAAUCUUAAAACGUAUAUAUAGAGAAAAUGUGUAUGUGUCGAUCUCGAGAUAACUGCUGAUAACUGCCAAGGAAAUUAACUAUAUGUGCAUGUCAAAUUAUCACAUUUUUAAUAAAGUUAAAUUGCAAAAUUAUUUUAUUAUAUAUCAUAGUUUAAUUAUUUCAUUAAAUACUGUUUCACUAAAUUGAGAAUCUGAUUUGAUAUAUCAAUUUAAAAAUAUCAGAGGAUCUUUGAAAAACAUUGGAAAAAAAUUCUAUCAUAUUAUUUAACCUCAAUUAUCUGACAUGAUGCCGCACAUCCAACCAAAAAUCGACAACAUUUGAAUAUUGUCUAAAAUAAAAGUGUAGUGCAUAACUAAAAAUAAAAGAAUAAUGUCAAACAUAAGCUUUUAUCAUAUAAUUGAGUUAUUGUCAACUGUCAUUAUAUAUGAUACCCAAUACAAACUGUUAGUUCUACAUAAUUAUUUAUAACCACAUAAAUAAUUUAUCCGCAUUUUUUGACUGUGAGAAAUAAAUAUAUAUAUAAUUUUUUUCAAAAAUAUAUAUAAAUUUUUUUAAAAUGAGUUUGGAAAAAGGACUUACAUCCAAAUACAUAUACAUUACAUUUGUAAUUGCAGCCUACUGGAUAGUAUCCAUUUUGACUGUAUUUGUAAAUAAGGCACUCUUAUCCAGUAAAGCUGUGAACUUGGAUGCUCCUCUGUUUGUAACUUGGUUUCAAUGCAUAGUGAGUGUAACUAUCUGCAUUACUUUACGCAAACUGUCACAAUGGUUCCCAAGAUACAUUGAAAUUGCAGAUGGUAGCCCAUUUAGAAAAGACAUUUUGAAAAAGGUACUGCCAUUAUCACUCCUGUUUACUGGAAUGAUAGCAACUAAUAACUUGUGUUUAAAAUAUGUUGGUGUCGCUUUUUAUUAUGUAGGCCGUUCACUAACGACUGUAUUUAAUGUGGUGUUUACCUAUAUCUUACUUGGCCAAACAACAUCUUUCAAAUGCAUAAUAUGCUGUGCAGUAAUUAUCUCUGGGUUUUGGUUGGGUGUAGAUCAGGAGCAUGUAGCAGGUUCUCUAUCCAUUUCUGGAACAUUUUUCGGCGUGCUUGGAUCAUUACUGUUAUCCUUAUAUUCUAUCCGUAUGAAGCAAACAUUGCCUGCCGUAAAUGACGACAUUUGGUUACUUUCUUAUUAUAACAAUAUGUAUAGUAUUAUUAUCUUUAUUCCUUUAAUGAUAAUUAAUGGUGAACAGACAAUUGUAUAUAAUUACGAGAAGCUUGGACAUCCUCUUUUUUGGGGUGCUAUGACGAUCGGUGGUAUAUUUGGUUUUGCCAUCGGAUAUUUAACCGCGCUUCAAAUAAAGGUCACAUCUCCUUUAACACAUAACGUUAGUGGUACUGCAAAAGCAUGCGCUCAAACAGUCUUAGCAACUUAUUGGUUCAAAGAAGAAAAAUCAUUUCUUUGGUGGAUAAGUAAUAUCAUUGUGCUUACCGCCAGUGCAUUUUAUGCAAGGAUUAGGCAACUAGAUUUAAGUAAAGAGUACAAAAUUGAGACACAACAACUUAAGGUGUAACAAUGGUAAUAAGAUAUAAUUUAUUUAUUAUAUAUAUAUAUAAAUGUCAUUUUUUACAUGUGUACAUUAUAUGUACAAAUAUUUUCUUAAAAAUACAUUUUUUUUAAUGCAAAGAGAAAAUAGAGAGCAAUGUGAUGUGGAAAACAUUGUUCUUUGUAUAUGUAUGUAUGUAUAUUACAUGCAAACUGAUGCAUAAGUUUAUUCAGUUUUGCAACAAUGUAUGUAUGAAUGUAUGUAUGCAUGUAUGUAAAAUAGUAUUAUAAUACAGAAUAUCAGAUAUUUUAA